GGGGGGUUCGGAGGUGGAGGUGGCGGUGGGUUUGGUGGUGGUGGAGGAGUCGGCGGUGGAGCUGGAGCUGGGUUCGGAGGAGGAGCUGGGGGUGGCGUUGGUGGUGGGUUUCCUUAGAGGUGUCAUAACCCGCUCCCACCCUUCGCAAAAACUGUUAUAGGAGUGUUAAAUUGUAUUCUAUUAUUUCCCCACAUGUAACGGUGUGAUAACUCCGCUAUCCUCGUCAAUAAUAAGUGCAUUGCAUAACGGAACAGUUUAGCAUGUGUAACGAUUUCCUAUUCCAACGGGAAUGAUAUAUUGCAACCCUGUGUAAUUAUCUGAUCAAGAGCGUGAUUGUUUUCUUCCUUU